UAUGCAAAUGUAUAAAAACUGUCUAUAAUCAGUUUAAAAAACCUAAAAUCAUGAUCAGUGGCAGAAUUCAUUCUGCCUUCUCUCAAUACAACCAUUGUAAGAGCAGCCCACCAUUGCUGAUUCCCCAGGUGUGGUGGCAAAGCAAUGUCUUCAGGGCCUCCCUAAAGACCAAGGGGGCUUGGGGGGUAUGUUAGGAAUCCCUUGAGGCGUGUUGUCUCCCCAACACAGUUCCAGUUUAAAUAUAUGCUGUACGAUCAGGAGGACCAAUAAAAUAAUUAAGGUGAAGGCUUAAAUGAGGUCUGUUAAUCAAGACCUGGAUAAUGGGACUCAGUCAUAGCAGGAAUUUGGAGACUUGCUGGGCAAAAGCCCAACUUCUAAGCCAACGUGGUUCCUUGUCAAGUGAUUCUCAGGGAAGCUCUGUUUUUUGACAGAGAUAAGUUCAUUUUCUGUCUUCCCUCCUCCAGGUGAACAACGUUUGUUUAGAAGAAGUUACCCAUGAAGAAGCAGUGGCUGCCUUAAAGAACACAUCUGAUUUUGUUUAUCUGAAACUUGCAAAGCCCACCAGCAUGUUCAUAAAUGAUACCUAUGCGCCUCCUGAGAUCACUAGCUCUUACUCUCAGCCAGCUGAGAACCACAUCGGGCCAUCAACUUACUUGGGGCAGUCUUUGCCACCAGCCUCGCAAGGGAGAUACUCGCCCAUUCCCAAGGGAAUGCUGGGAGAAGACAAGAUCCCCAGGGAGCCACGGAAGCUGGUACUCCAUCGGGGAUCGACAGGACUUGGCUUCAACAUCGUGGGGGGAGAGGAUGGAGAGGGUAUUUUUGUCUCGUUCAUCCUUGCGGGUGGGCCUGCCGACCUCAGUGGCGAGCUCAGGAAAGGAGACCGUAUCAUUUCGGUAAAUGGUGUGGACCUCAAAGCUGCGACUCACGAAGAGGCAGCUGCUGCCUUGAAAAAUGCUGGUCAGUCUGUCACUAUUGUAGCUCAGUAUCGUCCAGAAGAAUAUGGCCGUUUUGAAGCAAAAAUACACGACUUGCGAGAACAGAUGAUGAGCAGCAGUGUCAGCUCAGGAUCUGGGUCUCUGCGGACAAGCCAGAAGCGGUCCCUCUAUGUCAGAGCACUCUUCGACUAUGACAAAACUAAAGACAGUGGUCUCCCCAGCCAGGGGCUGAACUUUCGGUUUGGCAACAUCCUCCAUGUCAUUAAUGCUUCAGAUGAUGAAUGGUGGCAGGCACGACUGGUGAUGCCAGACGGAGAGAGCGACCAGGUUGGCGUUAUUCCCAGCAAACGCAGAGUGGAGAAGAAGGAACGAGCUCGUUUAAAGACUGUGAAAUUUAAUUCUAAAGCAAGAGGUGACAAAGGGCAGUCAUUCAAUGACAAGCGUAAAAAGAACCUCUUUUCCCGAAAAUUCCCCUUCUACAAGAACAAGGACCCGAGUGAGCCAGAGACCAGUGAUAUUGACCAACAUAUGACUUCCAAUGCCAGCGACAGUGAAAGUAGUUACCGUGGCCAGGAAGAAUACGUCUUGUCUUAUGAGCCGGUCACACAGCAAGAAGUUAGUUACACACGCCCUGUGAUUGUCCUGGGCCCUAUGAAAGACCGCAUCAAUGAUGACCUCAUCUCUGAAUUUCCUGACAAGUUUGGAUCUUGUGUUCCACAUACGACCCGACCAAAGCGAGAUUAUGAGGUGGAUGGACGAGAUUACCACUUUGUUAUGUCCCGAGAACAAAUGGAAAAAGAUAUUCAGGAUCACAGGUUCAUUGAAGCUGGCCAAUACAACAACCACCUCUAUGGGACAAGCGUCCGGUCUGUGAGGGAGGUAGCUGAGAAGGGCAAGCACUGCAUUCUUGAUGUUUCUGGAAAUGCAAUCAAGAGGCUCCAGAUAGCCCAGCUGCACCCCGUGUCCAUCUUCAUCAAGCCUAAAUCGGUGGAAAAUAUCAUGGAAAUGAAUAAGCGAUUAACGGAUGAGCAAGCUCGAAAAACAUUUGAAAGAGCCAUGAAGCUGGAGCAAGAAUUUACAGAACACUUUACAGCUAUUGUGCAAGGUGACACUUUGGAAGAGAUUUACAAUCAUGUCAAACAAGUAAUUGAGGAGCACUCAAGCCCCAUCAUUUGGGUGCCAGCCAAGGAGAAGCUCUGAAAGUCACCAGAGUCCAGGGGUCGGCCUCUGCCAGGCCAGGCCGUCUGUGCUUCCCACAUCCUGGCGGCUCUUCUUCUGGGAUCCUCUGGAGCUGCUCUGCUCCGAAGACGACGUACAAAGUCGUCUUUUUGGUUUCAACUUUUUGCAAGCUGCUGGUUGAGCGCUCUUUUCUCAAGGAUCAAAGAACUCUUUCUACUCCUGUGGAUAGAAAUGGAGAAUAAUGUGGUUAAAAUUCCUUAAUGUUUAAGGGAAAAUGUCCUUCAGAGAUUUUGAGAAAACAAAGCUUUUUAUGCAGCCUUUUAACAAUUUUGUAAUAAGAUGAAAGAAAAGUGGUCUUAAUGUAAAAUUGUGAGCAAUUUUGCACGCUCGAGUUUGCUAGCAUGGUUUCAUCCAAGAGAUUUGGGUUUAAGAGUUAGUUUCACAGUUUCUGUAACAAAUAUAUUUUUUCUGUCAGUUUAGUAAGAAACUUUUUUCAAAAUCAAAGCUAACGUAUUCUUAACUGGCAUUAUUUGAAGAGGAAAAACUAAUUUUCAUAAUUUCAUAAGAAAAUCUUUAUAGCCUUGUUGUUGUUGUUAUUAUUAUUAUUUUGCUGUUGCUCUCACAGGGUGAAAUUUUCUCCUGUUUUUAAACUAGAACCUACAAGACUACUUGGAAUGUCUUACAGACGUUAAUAGAUAACAGUGCAUUUCCAAAUUUUAGGUGCUUAAAAACCUUGGACUUCAUUUAAGAAUUAUGGAUUUUACUCUGAAAAUAUUUUAAAGGCAAUUAUAAUUAUAAUGGUCAUAAGAGUCCUCAGUAUCUAAAAAUAUAAAUACAU